AUGCCCGGCAGCGGCUUCCCCGGGGCGGGCGGGCUCCGGCGGCACCGGGACCGGCGGGGCGGGGGGCGCGCCCGGCCCCGCCCACACCGAGGCCCCGCCCCCGGCCCAAGCAACGGCCCGGGGGGGGAGCGGCCCCGCGCCCCCCCCCCGCCCCCGGCCGGGACCCCGCGGACACCGAGCGGGGACCCCCGCUCCACGGGACCCUCCCGGCGGGACCCGCCUGCCGUGCGCCCCCCACGCCGCCCCGCCGCCCCUUCCCGGCCCGGGGAUCCCCACCCGCCAUCUCGCCACGGGUCUUCCGUGGACACCGACGGCAGUCGGGAGCCCACGGCGCUCCCGAAGUGCGGCGGGAGCACCGGUCCUGUGUCUCCGCAACGCGGGGCACGGAGGAAGCCGACCGUGCCUGCCCCACUGGCGGCAGAGCCCCCGGAGGGACCGCGGGCUAAGACAGCCGCGGGACGGGGCGGUCCCGUUGCUCCGCGGAGCGGGACCGUGCGGGGGCAAGGGGGGAACGGGCCCCGGCGCUGCACGGGCUGGGGUGACCCGGAUCUGAGGCACAAAAAUGGGGGGCGGCCGGCGGGGCAGCGCUGCCAGGCGAGGCGUUCACAGAAGGCAGCGGCGCCCUUUGCACCGAGCGCGGCGCGGCCGCGGCUCCCGCGCACGCGGGCGCCUCCCGUGAUGCGCACCCGCGGCGCGGCAAAGCGUCCGGCCGCCACGGUGCGCACCGGCCGCGGGGGACGCUUUUCCCGCUCUCCGGUGGGGAAAGGACCACCCCAUGUCGGCUCCCACAAUCCCGUUUUCGGGACGUGCCCUCACCCCACAGACACCCGCGAAAACCACCGGCGGGGAGGGAGCCUCCGGCAGCGCAGGCGACAGCCGCGCACCCACGCGUGUCCGCUCUUGCCCUGCGGGCAGGCUGCGGGGGGCCGCCGCCGUGACGGGCGGGGGGCGGCGACACGGUGCGGCGACACCGGGUCGAGUUUUCGUUGCGGCUUCGCCGCGGAGCCGAUGCGUGGCCAAGUCGUGGCCGCACGCAAAACCGGGCGCUGCCAGAGCGGCUUCGGGGCUGGUGCUCCUCCGCCGUGUGGGGCUGCGGGAGAUGACCGGCCGCCCCUCCGCCGCGCCCCCCGGGGCUCGGAGUCUCCGCUGCUUCGGCGGGCACCGGGCGGGGGCUGCGGGCACGUGCACGGCGGUACGGGCCGGGCGCGCUCGGGGCAGGCUGCCCCGGUCCCCCAGCGCGCCGCAGCAGACACAGAGCGGGAGCCUUGGGAACGGGCCCCCGUUGUGCCGGGGCGGACGCCCCCCGCGACCCGUGUCGCCGUUCCCUCCCACCCCCGGCGCGCCGCACCCGGCAGCGGGGCUGGUCCCGGGACGCGCGGCCACCGCCGGCACCUUCCCACCGGGAUCGCCUCGCUCCCCUUCGCGCCCGCAGCACCCGAGGGUCGUGGCUGCCCGCGUCCAUGCGGGACCCUGUCACGCGGGGCUGGCACCGCGUCCCGGGCCGCUGGCCCCAGGAGGAGGAUGCCGCAGAGCGGUCCCCGGCUUCCCGAUGAACCGGGGACGCGGGGCCGGUCACCGCCUUCCGCCCACCCCACGGGCAGCGCAAGUGUCCUGACGGCCGAGGGGACAGUCCCAUCGGGGAGGGUCCGUGCCGGGGCCGUGCCGCCCGGCACAGCACCCUUCAGCCUCGCCCGGUGGCGGUCCCGGCUCCCCGCGGGACCAGCGCAGGCUCCCUCGCGGGAAACCCGUGGGGACAGUGGUUGGCCCACGCGAGGCCGGGCACCCCGUCGGGGUUUACGGCAUGGCCAGACCGCCGUGGAGGGUGGCAGGGGAACGGAGGGAGGUGGCCGGGACGAACCGCAGGACAGCACUGGCGGCGCGGGGACGGGCGGGCGGGACAGCGAACGCCCCGACGGGGGCGGCCCCGGUCCCUCCACCCGCGCGGGACUGACGGGCGCCGGGCUGACACCAACCACGGAACCCCGCCGCUGGGUGCACGUCCCUGUCCCACGGCUGCACUCCCGGCUCGGGGGAGGCGGUCGGAUGUGGCACUACGCGGGGGACCCCGGCGCGGCGGGACGGAUGCCCCGUGCGACCGGGAGCGGAGCGCGGCGGGGCCGUCUCUGUGUCCCCAUCUCCUCCUCCCUGUCCCCGCUGACCCCUCUGCGCAGUCCAGCAGCAAACAGCGCUGCGGAAUCCCAGGCGGGGUGGGGAUCCCCCCUCGGCUCCUCUUCCCCGCGGCUGCCGUCAGACGCUCGGAAUCGCAGCACCGGGGCCGCUCGUGGGAGCAGCCGCUACCGGAGGCUGUUCCACGUGAAAGCGGGCUCACCAGUGCCACACACCGAGCAGUACCGCCGCCCCACUCUGCCUUCGGUCCCCGGCACACGCGGGGAGCCCCCACCGGCGGGGGUGCAGUCCCUGACCCUGUCCCUGUGCCUGUCCCUGUCCAAGUGCCACGGCUCCCUCUGGCACCGAGAGGGCGGCGUCCACCACAAAGGGCAUUUUCAGGGGGUCGCGACCGCUCUCCCCAGCUCCGGAGCCGAGGGCUGCCCGCCCCCCUGCCGCUCCCCGCGUUCCCUGGCGCGGAUUGCCGCCCGUUUCCCGGCGUGCCGCCCGGGGAUGAGCCCUUUCCGCAUGGCACAGCCCACGCCCGCAGCCCGCCGUGGCCAUUUUAGCCCGCACUCGCCCCCGCCGCUGCCGCAGCCCCGCUCGCCGCCCCCCGCCGCUUCCUCGCUGUCUGCGGCGGCUGCGGACAGCUCCCGCCCCGGGCCCGGCGUGACGAUGCCCACGCGGCCGGCGGGACGCGGCUCCGCGGAGCGUCCCCCGGAGCAGCCCGGUGCCACCCCGCGCUGA